AUGGGCAAGUUCGUUCUCAUGGGAGCUGGCGGCAACGUCGGCGGCGCUGCGGCCGACUUCGCCGUCGAGAUCGCCAAGGCCGACGACCAACUCGUGUUCGCGAGCAGCAGCCUCGACAAGAUUCCGGCUGAGAAGGUGGCGCACUGGCGCAGCAAGGGCGUCGAGGUCGUGUCGGCCAGCUACGACGACGUUGAGAGCAUGCGCAAGGCGUUCAAGGGCGCAGACGCCGUGGCCACCAUCUCAACGUGGCUCAUCGGAGACCGUCGCCGCCACCAGAUCAAGAACGCGCUCGACGUGGCCAAAGAGGUCGGAGUCAAGCGCUUCUGCUACACUUCGGGUGCCGGUGCCGGCGUUGAGGCCGAGACGGAGGAGGACAUUCCGUUCCUGUUGCGUAACCCCCACUACAUCGAGCAGCUUGUCUACGCGACGGGACUGCAGUACAACAUCCAGCGCAACUGCCUCUACACCGACAACAUCCCCAUGUACUUCGCUCUGUCGUGGAAGUUCUGCGGUGACAAGUGGCUGACCAACAGCCACGGCCAGAAGGGCUGCUACGUGUCCCGCGACGACUGCGGCCGCGUUCUCGGUGCGCUGUUGCUAGGUAAGGGCGAGCCGAAGACGGCGUACGAGAUCACGGGCCCCGACGCUGUCUCGCACGAGGAGAUCUUCGAGUUCAUGAGCUCCGAGGUUGGAUACAACGGCGAGAUGGUGGACAUGCCCGACGAGGAGCUCAAGAAGUGGUGGCUGGACCGCGGUCUGCCCAAGGACGUGUACGGCGACUUCUCGCAGCUCCCGAUGAAGCUCUGCAUUGGCGACCUGCUGUGCUCCGGCGAGAUGGUCGCCAACAGCUGCAUGACCCCGGCGUCGGAUGCCGUGGAGAAGCUCACGGGCCGCAAACCCACCAACUGGAAGGACGCCAUGAUCAAGUACAAGGACAUCUUCCCGAAGUCCGACUAA